AUGAUUGGAAAAUAUCUGAAUGGACUUCUCAUGCUGACGCUAUGUUGUGUGAGCAACGCUGAUUUAGUCAAACAGUGCGCAGAGCAGCAGAAACUGGCCACACAUUUGGCCCAGAGUUGUUGUGAACUAACCCGGCCCAGUCUAGAUAAGGGCAAUGCCGAAUGUCGCUCCUCGCUUAAUUUACCAAAACGUAAAUUCAAUUUCGCCGAGCGCUAUACAAUCAACAUGUGCAUUGAAGAGUGCAACUAUAUUGCAUCUGGCUAUAUCGACAUUGAUCCACCAUAUCGUCUGGACCCGGUGCGCAUAGAGGAAAAUUUACAGAUAAUAAUGCCGGAGCCAAAAACGAAAUCGGUUAAGUUUAUGACCGAAACCUACUCUAAGUGCGAAAAGUUUCGGCAACAUCAUGCCUCGCGCUUCACGCUACAUUUACCGGACGUUGAGUUCAUCGAACAGCCAUGCAAUCCCUUCGCCCUGCAAAUAACCAUCUGUAUGCGUAUAUUUGCGAUGCAGAAUUGCCCAAGAGAAUUCUUUGUGAACAGCAAAGAGUGCAACAUGACCAAAAAUUAUUUCCUAAACUGUGUGGGUGAUAUUGGUUCGAAUCUCUCAUGA